AUGGCUAUUGCGCGGCAGUUUGGACUCUUGGUAUGGAAAAACUACCUUCACCAGAAACGUCAAAUCCUGGUCACGCUGGUGGAGAUCAUCUUGCCUCUGCUGUUCUCCGGCAUCCUGAUCGCACUGCGCCAGAAAGUGCCUUUCAAGGACUUCCCCAACGCCACCGUCUACGAGAGCUUCUCGCUCAACGCCUUGCCCCGAAGUUUCCUCAGGCACAUGCAGUUGGCCUACGUGCCCGCCAACUCCACCGCCGUGCGACGGGUGGCGGAGGAUGUGCGGCUUAACCUGGCUUUACCCUCAGUGCACGGCUUUGAGUCGGAGAACGACUUUGAGGAAUACGUGAGGAAUGACCCGCUGUCUGGAAAGCUGCUUGCCGCCGUGGUCUUCCAGAAGCCCUGUUGUCACAAUGACCAGCCUUUACCUCUUCAGGUCAGCUACCACCUUCGCUUCAGCUUCAGUCCUCGCAACGCUCCGGCCAAAGAGAAAACGGAGCUGGACCCCAACAGCGACUUGGACUGGCACACGCUCAGCCUCUAUCCGCUGUUUCAGCUGCCCGGCCCGAGGGAACAGUACGACAAGAACGGCGGGACGCCUGGUUAUUACCGAGAGGGCUUCCUGACGGUGCAGCACGCGGUGGACAAAGCCAUCAUGCGCUCGUACAACCGGAACGCCGCCGACCGGCUCCUGAGCCAGAGCCGAGUGCUGGUGUCGCGCUUUCCGUACCCUCCCUUCAUCUACGACGUCUUCAUCCUGGCCAUCCAGAAUCAACUGCCUUUGCUGCUGGUGCUAAGCUUCACCUACACGUCCCUCAACAUCGUCCGGGCCGUGGUGCAGGAGAAGGAACGCAAGCUCAAGGAAUACAUGAGGAUGAUGGGGCUCAGCAACUGGCUCCACUGGACGGCUUGGUUCCUCAUGUUCUUCCUGUUCCUCUCCGUCUCCGUCUUUUUCGUCACCCUGCUCCUCUGCAUCCAGGUCAGCCCCAACGGAGCGGUCCUGAGUUACAGUGACCCCACGCUGGUAUUUGUCUUUCUUCUGAUCUUCACUGUGGCCACCAUCAACUUCAGCUUCAUGAUCAGUGCCUUCUUUUCACGAGCCAACGUGGCGGCUGCAGCGGGCGGCUUCACCUAUUUUCUCAGCUACCUGCCGUAUUUGUUCCUGUGGCCCCGCUACGACCUUCUGAGCCACGCCCAGAAGGUGUCUGCCUGCCUCAUCUCCAAUGUGGCCAUGGCCAUGGGAGCGCAGCUUCUCGGGAUGUUUGAAGGCAAAGGCACGGGCAUUCAGUGGUCCAACAUGUUCGAUUCCGUGACUGUAGACGAUGACUUCUCCUUGGCCCAAGUAAUGGGCCUGCUGCUGUUUGACGCCUUCCUCUACGGCAUGGUGGCCUGGUACGUCGAGGCCGUUUUUCCGGGAGAGUACGGAGUGCCGCUACCCUCCUACUUCUUCCUGCUGCCCUCCUAUUGGUGCAGCAGCCCUCGCGUGGCUCUGCUCGACGAAAAGGAGGAAGAGGAGGAUGCCGAAAAAGCGCUAAAAGGGGAGUUCAUCGAGGAGGAACCCAACGGAGUCGUCUCGGGGAUCAAGAUUAAGCAUCUCUUUAAGGAGUUCCGAGUGGGCAAGAAAAGCCGCAAAGCCGUCCGGGAUCUCACGCUCAACAUGUUCGAGGGCCAGAUAACCGUUCUCUUAGGACACAACGGUGCCGGCAAGACCACCACGCUGUCCAUGUUGACAGGUCUGUUCCCCCCGACUGGCGGGAGGGCCUACAUCAACGGCUACGACAUCUGUCAAGACAUGGCUCUGAUCCGCCGCAGUCUGGGACUCUGCCCUCAACACGACGUUCUCUUCGAUAAUCUGACCGUCAAAGAGCACCUGCUUUUCUAUGCGCAGUUGAAAGGCUUUUCCAAAGAGAAGAUUCCGGACGAGGUGGACAGAAUCAUCGGGAUACUCCAUCUGGAAGACAAGCGAAACGCCCGCUCCAAAACGCUGUCGGGCGGCAUGAAGCGCAAACUCUCCAUCGGCAUCGCCCUCAUUGGCGACUCCAAGGUGGUGAUGUUAGACGAACCCACGUCCGGUAUGGACCCGUCUGCCCGCCGCGCCACCUGGGAUCUCCUCCAGGGCGAGAAGAGCGGACGCACCAUCCUGCUCACCACCCACUUCAUGGACGAGGCCGACCUACUGGGCGACCGCAUCGCCAUCAUGGCCGGCGGCGAGCUGCAAUGCUGCGGCUCGCCGCUUUUCCUCAAGAACAAAUAUGGUGCUGGCUACCACAUGGUGAUUGUGAAAGAAGCCCUGUGUAACGUGUCGGAGAUCACCCGCCUGGUUCACUUGUAUGUCCCGAACGCCACACUGGAGAGCAGUGCGGGGGCGGAGCUCUCCUACAUUCUCCCAAAGGAAAGCACCAGCAGGUUCGAACUGCUCUUUGCCGAGCUGGAGAUGAACAGAGAGGAGCUGGGCAUCGCCAGCUACGGGGCCUCCGUCACCACUAUGGAGGAGGUCUUCCUCAGAGUUGGCAAAUUGGUGGAUUCCAGUUUGGACAUCCAAGCCAUUCAGUUACCCGCCCUGCAGUACCAGCACGAGAGACGCUCGCACGACUGGACGACGGACGACGCCAGCAGCAUCAGCGGCAUGACCGACGUCACUGACUUUACCGACAGCGGCACGCUUAUCUCCGAGGACUGUUCCAACAUCAAACUCAACACGGGGGCGAGGCUUUACCUGCAGCAGUUUUACGCCAUGUUCCUGAAGAGGGCGCUCUACAGCUGGAGGAACUGGAAGGUGAUGGUGGCCCAGUUCCUCAUCCCUUUGGUUUUCAUCGUCGUGGCGUUAGUGGUGGCGCGCACCUUACCAGACCACAAGAAGGCGCCUCAGCUAGGACUGGAGCUGGCUCGUUACGGCCCCACCCGGGUCCCGUUGGCCGUCCCCGAGGGGGCGGGCGCCCUGGCCUCCGACCUGGCCGCCGCUUACGCCGCGCAGCUCCCCGCGCAGAACGGCCGGCUCGUCAACGUCAGCGAUUUUACCGACUACAUCUUGACCCAAGCGGAGGAAGAGGGCGGCGUCUUCAAUGAGCGCUGCGUGGCGGGCGCCGCUUUCCGCGGAAGCGGAAAGUACUAUACCGAGGCCACGGCGUACUUCAACAACGAGGGCUACCACACGCCCGCCACGGCACUCAUGAUGGUGGACAACGCUUUGUUCCGACUCCUCGCCGGGCCCAACGCUUCCAUUCAUGCCGCUAACUACCCCAUGCCGCGCAACCUGUCGGAGGCUGCCCGAAGCCAGCUUACAGAAGGAAAGACGGGCUUCGUCAUCGCCAUCAACCUGAUGUACGGGAUGGCCUCGCUGACCAGCACCUUCGCGUUGCUGCUCGUCACCGAAUCGGCCAUUAAGUCCAAGCACGUGCAGAAGGUCAGCGGCGUCUACCUGUCCAACUUCUGGUUCUCGGCGCUGCUGUGGGACAUGGUCAACUUCCUGUUGCCGUGUCUCCUCAUGUUGACCGUGUUCCAGGCCUUCGGCGUGGAGGCCUUCAUCAAGGACAACCGCCUAGUGGACGUUCUCCUGAUGCUCCUGCUGUACGGCUGGGCGGUGGUGCCGCUCAUGUAUCUGCUCAGCUUCUUCUUCUCCUCCGCCGCCACCGCUUACACCCGCCUGACCAUCUUCAACAUGAUCUCCGGCACCGCCACCUUCCUGGCCGUCACCAUUAUGACAAUUCCAGAGUUGAACCUACAGAACCUGUCCCGCUUGCUGGACAAGGUCUUCCUGAUCUUUCCGAACUAUUGUCUGGGAAUGUCCUUCUGUCAGUUCUACCAGAACUACGAGUUCAUCUCCUUUUGCACAACCAGCCCAGAGACUAUGGUCAUCUGCAAAUUCUUAAAUAUUACAUACCAAAGCAACUACUUCUCAAUGUCUGAGCCCGGCGUGGGCCGCUUCCUGGUGGCCCUGUCCACACAAGGCGUCAUCUUUAUGAUCCUGCUCUUCGUCAUCGAGCUGCAGUGUGUCCGCUCCGUCCGGCAAUUCCUCUCCUCGCUCUGUAGGAGGCCAAAGCAGUUAUCUUUCCUGGGAGAUGCGGCGCUGCUCCCAGAGGAUAGAGACGUAGCGGACGAGCGCAAGCGGGUUCUGGAGUGCCAUCCCAUGGUGGAGUCCAUGGUCGGGAGCCCGCUCAUUCUGCAGGAGCUCAGCAAGGUUUACAGCGGCGGGCAGACACUCGUCGCCGUGGACCGCUUGUCUCUGGCCGUCGGUAAAGGAGAAUGUUUUGGCCUGCUGGGCUUUAACGGCGCCGGGAAGACCACCACCUUCAAAAUGCUGACCGGCGACGAGAGUGUGACCUCCGGCGACGCCUACAUCGACGGCUACAGCAUCUUGAGAGACAUUAAGAAGGUGCAACAGCGCAUCGGAUACUGUCCUCAGUUUGACGCCGUGUUGGAGCACAUGACUGGCAGGGAAACCCUAAGCAUGUACGCCAGGCUUCGGGGAAUACCCGAGAAGUACGUGUCGGGCUGCGUGGAGAACGUGCUGAGGUCGCUGCUGCUGGAGCCACACGCCGAUAAACUGGUGCGCAGCUACAGCGGCGGGAAUAAACGCAAACUGAGCGCCGGCACGGCUCUCAUCGGCGGACCGCCGGUCAUCUUCUUGGACGAGCCCUCUACGGGAAUGGAUCCCGUGGCAAGGAGGCUGUUGUGGGACGCCGUCACGCGCACGCGGGAAUCCGGCAAGGCCGUCGUCAUCACGUCGCACAGCAUGGAAGAAUGCGAGGCGCUGUGCACCCGACUGGCGGUGAUGGUCAACGGGCAGUUCAAGUGCCUGGGGAGCCCGCAGCACCUCAAGAGCAAGUUCGGCAGCGGCUACACGCUGCUGGCCAAAGUGCACGCCGAGGCCGAGCCGGAGGACGGCCACCUGCGGCUUUUUAAAGACUUCAUCCAAAGCACCUUUCCAGGAAGUCAACUGAAGGACGAACACCAGGGAAUGGUCCACUAUCAUUUGACGGACAAGAAGCUAACCUGGGCCCAGGUGUUUGGCACCCUGGAGGCGGCCAAAGAGAAGUACAGCAUCGAGGAUUACUGCGUCAGCCAAAUUUCACUGGAGCAGGUUUUCCUCAGCUUCGCUCAGUUCCAACACUGCACGGAAAGGCGGAGGAAGUAA